AUUCGAACCAAUCAAAUCGUUCGUUACUUUCAUGCAAGCGUCGGUCCGGCAUGUGCCCGAACAAGAGAGAACAAAUACCAAAAUAAUUUUUAUAUUUCAUAACUUUUACAACUAUGAAUAGCUGAACAGAACUCGAGAAAAGAGAAUUGACAUAAAUCAAGAUGCCAGGAAUAAAAAGAAAAGGUUCACUGUUGCCUGUCACUGAUAAGCCACCCAAGUUAAAGAAACAGAGCACAAGUGCCACAGUUGCCACAGCUAAAGGAAAGGUAGAGAAGAAGAAAAAGAUUGUCCCGGUAGAUUCAUUAGACGCUCCGCCUAAAUUAGAAAAAAUAUCAGCCAUUGAUUCUAGAAAGAAAGCAUCUCCCGGGAAAAAGUCACCAGAAAAGAAAUAUAAGAUGCCAAGAUUUCCCACAUUGAAACCCACCAAACGGAAAGAUGAUGUAGAUGGAGAUUUUUCUUUUUCCACACCAUUAUUUUAUUCCAAAUCCUCAGCUUCAACCAAUUUUACCAAACUAAAAAAGGACCCCACCCUAAAGUUAAAUGACAAGAUAACUGAGAAUGAAUUGAAUAACGACAAAGGAACAAACCUGGCCUCAGAGACUACAGAAAUUUUGCCCCCUCAGUUGGAAAUCGAGGUGGACCCCAGUCUGACUAGGGCUUCAGAGAUAGAGAAGAAAAUGCAAAAACUUCCAUCCGGCUCAAUUGUGGGCAAAAUUACCAACUUAGAAUUUGAUGACCUGGUUUUACCUGUAGUUGCAUCAGAUAUAGUUUAUGAAUUUUCUGAUGAGAGUUCCACUUCAACAUAUGGAGCUUCUAAGAUUACUUGUGGAAGUCUCCAGCCAAGAGCCUCAGCUUUUGAAGUUGCUGAAUAUUUUACUUCUGUGGAUAACCAAGAUAGUGAAAAAAAGAUUGAAAAAGAACCAUUACCAAAAAUUGAAGAGGAAGCAAGUGAGAAUACUGAGAAAGAACAAAUUGAUAUAGAUGAACAGGAAAUGAAUGAAAGUGAAAUUAAAGACAGCAGUGAUGAAGACAGUGACAAAAAGGCUGAGAGUAAGGAAGAAAAUAAACCAGAGGCUAGUACCAGCACUAAUGAAACUGCCUCCCCUGUGAAAACUCCUAGAAAAGUUCCUGGAGGCCUUCGCGAGAUUGUCUUUUCAUUUGACACUACAGGGUCCAUGUAUAGUUACAUGGAAGAAGCAGGGGAGAGAAUUAAGGAUCUAGUCAACCGCUUACAGACCGAUAUGCCUGGGAUUCGUCUAGCGUUCAUGGCACACGGUGACUAUUAUGAUCUCAGCCAUGACAGAUACCUGAUCAAGUGGAUCGAUUUUGGUGCCAGUAUUGAGGAAGUGGUGAAAUUCUUUGAGAACCUGUCAAUCACUCAUGGAGGUGACGAUGACGAGUGUUACGAACUUGUUCUGAGGAAGACUCGUGAGUCUCUAUCUUGGACCCCUGGGAGUCAGAGAAGUCUAGUUUUGAUAGGAGACUCCGACCCCCACGAACCAGGCUAUAAAUAUGAACAAUUUGUCAAUGACAUUGACUGGAGGGUAGAGACGGCUCUUCUGAAGGAGAUGGGAGUCAGGAUCUACGGUUUACAGGUGGGAUACAGAUCAGACUUCUACAAACAGAUCUCAAAAAUAACUGGAGGUGCUCAUCUGAGAAUAGACAAUGCUAGCUUUACUUAUGAAACUCUGAUGUCCAUAUGUUUACGAGAAGGCAGCUUGAAGUUACUAAAGAGUUACGAAAAUGAAGUGCGAAAAGCCAAGAAAAAUUCAGAGGAGGGGGGUAUAUUGGACUUGGAAUUAGAGAGGUUAUUUAGCUCACUGAAAAGUGUUGAGGACAACAAAUCUACGAAAACAAUGCUCAAGGAACAAAAACUAGCCCUCAAAGAAGAAAAGAAGGCCAAGAGAGCCCUGGAGAUGGAGGCAAAAAUGGAGGGAAGUGGAGGCGAAGGAUCACCCACCAAAAAAUUAAAGAUCGAUAAGUCCCCCCUUAAAUCUUUGAACAAGUUCAAGAAUGCAGCAACUGCUAAAAUUUUGUCUAAAGCAAAAAGAACAAUUAUUGAGAAAAAAUUAGCAAAGACUUCUCCUGUGAACAAAGGGUUAAAAAAUGAAGAUGGCCAAAAGGAGGAAACCACCAAAUCAAAAGUCCCAUCAAAAGUGAAAGUGAAAAAAGAAGAGGGCAAGGAAAUCUCAAAAAAGACACUGCCAAAGUCUGUGAAGAAAUCUUUGAAGUCUGGAAGUGGAACUCAAAACGGAAGUGGGAAAAAGAAACCAGGAAGGCCUCCUAAAGCUCAGAAUGAAGGAGGAAAGAAGAAGCCUGGGAGACCUCCAAAAAGUCCUACAGUGGAAGAGAAAAAGAAACCUGGAAGACCUCCAAAAAGUCCUACAGUGGAAGAGAAAAAGAAACCUGGAAGACCUCCAAAAAGUCCAGCAGAGGAAGAGAAAAAGAAACCUGGUAGACCUUCCAAAGUUCAGAAGGAAGAGAAAAAUGAAGAGAAGAAAAAACCUGGAAGACCUCCAAAGGGAGAACAGAAAAAGCCAGGCAGACCACCUAAAAACCCUACUCCUAGCAAAGAGGCUAAAGAAAAUGCAAAAGAUGACAAAGUAACAAAUAAGAAAACUAGUGAUGUGAAGUCCAAAAGAAAUGAGAGCAAAGGAACAAAACCUGUGCAAUCUACAAAACCUUCUCCAGCAGCUAAAAAAUCACCAGGGAAAAUCACCAAACCAAAGGUGUUGGCAAAAGUAGGCAAUAAGAAGGCAGAACUCCUGAAAAAGUCAGCGAAAACCACCACAGCUAGUGCUGUUAAGAAACAAGAGAAAACUCAGGCAUCCAAGAAAAGUGAGAAAUCCAAACCUGCAAACAAAACCAAACUGGAGAGUAAGACUCCAAAAAAAGAAGCCAAGGAAGCUCAGCAGACUUCCAAGAAAAGUCCAAAAGCUUCACCAAAGGUGUCAAAACCGGUCAAGAAACAACCGAGAGAGGCGGCCCCGGUGACAAAGUUUGUGAUGGGACCGCUCAGUGUGUUAUCCUGGGACAACUGGAUGCCUCUAAUCACCCACACCAAGCCGGACGUCAAAACGGAGGACUGGAAAAAGAAGCCCAGUGUCUCGCCUGGGUUCUGCAAUGACAAGGUGUAUAACAGCGAGACUCCGCAAGCGGUGUACGAGAUCGCGGUGUCCCCUCCCGACAGCACCAAGCGGUAUCCGGUGUUUUAUGCCGUCGAUGCUCUGUGGAGCUGCUUCUCUUCCGCAUACAUUAAGAAGGAGGUGGAGCGAGUUAUAAAAGCAAAGGGCUCCAUCAGUGUGAGGAAAGGGUCCAUGGGCAAACCUAAUGAUGCUGUGUUUCAGAAGGCAGUGGAUUUCAUGAAGGUGAACUUUGACUAUGCCUGGGACGGGCGAGGGGUGGAUGUUAAGAAAGAUGGGUUCAUUAUUGCUAAAGCAUCAUCAUUAAAUUGUGUACACGGGAUUACGAUGGCCACUGUUUUGGAGGAUCCAUCCUUAGAGCGGCAUUUCAAGGGACACAGAGAUACAGUAUGCAGUCUAGACUUCAAUCCCAACAUGAAGCAGCUUGCUUCUGUGUCCAUGGACUCUUGCCUAAUGGUGUGGAAUUUCAAACCGCAGAUGCGUGCAUACAGAUUUGUUGGACACAAGGAUGCAGUAAUGGACGUCAAGUUUUCACCCUCGGGACACCUGGUAGCUUCAGCAUCACGAGAUAAAACAGUCCGGCUCUGGAUUCCUACAGUGAAAGGAGAGUCCACAGUAUUCAAGGCCCACACUGCAACUGUCAGGAGUGUAGACUUUACUUAUGAUGGACAGACGUUAAUUACUGCUUCUGAUGACAAAACAAUUAAGUUGUGGACUUGUCAUAGGCAAAAAUUUCUGUAUUCCCUAAAUCAACACAGCAACUGGGUCCGGAGUGCCAAAUUUUCACCUGAUGGCCGUUUGAUUGUGUCGGGUAGUGAUGAUAAAACAGUGAAAAUCUGGGACAGGAACAGCAAAGAGUGUAUCCACACAUUCUAUGAACAUGGAGGGUUCGUAAAUCAUGUAGAAUUUCACCCCAGUGGAACCUGUAUCGCCUCAGCGGGAACUGACAGCACGGUCAAAGUGUGGGAUAUUAGGAUGAACAAAUUAUUACAACAUUACACAGCCCAUAGUGCAGCAGUCAACAGCCUGUCCUUCCAUGCCAGUGGUAACUACCUGAUCUCUGGAUCAGACGACUCAACACUCAAGGUGUUUGACUUGUUAGAGGGAAGGCUGUUUUAUACACUCCAUGGACAUCAGGGACCAUGUACAGCAGUGGCCUUUUCCAAAUCUGGUGAAUAUUUUGCCUCAGGAGGAUCAGAUGAACAGGUGCUGGUCUGGAAGACAAACUUUGAUCAGCUGGAUUUCUCAGAGGUUCUCCAGUCUCACAAAAACCGACAGGAAGAGCCAACGCCCUCAGAACCCACUGUCUCUGACAUCCCACCCAGGGUCACACGGAAACCGACCAAACCAAAGUCUCCCCGAGGGUAUGACGCGAGAACGGAGCUUAAAAACAUGGAUGAUGAAUCAGUUCCCGUUACGGAUGUGGGGCCUGCUAUGUUUUCAUCAGAGCAGAAUGGUGUUACCUUUGAAAUGGAUAUGAUGGGAUCAGAGCCAGAGCCCACAAUACGCACCACAAAGGACCGCCCAGCUACCACCCAGCAAUUGGAACCACAAUCCUUACCCCCACAGCUUGGAAAAACGCUGGAGCAGAUAGUGGGACAACUGGAUGUACUAACACAGACUGUUUCCUUAUUGGAGCAAAGAUUGACAAUGACUGAAAAUAAACUUCGAGAGUGUCUUGACAACCAGCAAAGAUUGACACUUCAGGUCCGCCCCUCCGACUGAUUGCAGCUCAUCGAAGACCUGGUCAUCCAUGGUCCUCUUUUAUUUAUUUAGUUUACAGAAAGAAACGCUUAUCUCAAGUGCAUGAAUGAACAAUUUAUUGGAGAAGAACAUUAAAGAUGGCCAGUUGUGAUCGGAGAAUCAAUUUUUCUUUACUUGUUGGCAACAUUAACUCUCUUUGCAUUUAUUUAUAAAUGCUGAUAUUUUGAGUUGAAAAAUGAUGACAAAGCUUGUAUGAGGAUUUUUAUGUUACUCGCAUUAAAUGAAUUUCAUUAAAAAGAUCUGAUGUACAUGUGAACACUUUAGAAGAAUUCCGUCCAUUUGAAUCUCUGUUGUUCGUACGACUUUUUAAUUUGGAUAUUUUUAAAAAUACCCAGUAUUUGAUAUUUGUUUUAUUUUUAAUUUUUAAUUUUCAAUAUGACAAAAGCUCAGUUAAUUUUUCUCCUCAUUUGUUCAUUAGUUUUACUGAAUGUAAUACAUAAGAGUACAUUUAUAUCAAAUGUCAAAUUGAUAUUAACAUUGUACAUGUACAGCAAUAAAAUGCUUUUAUCACAAGAUAAAUGCCUGUCAUUAUAAAUACUGACAUUUAUAGGUAAUACAUAAUUUACAAACAAUUUUUAAGAGUCUUACUAAAAUUUUUAAUAUUUUGAAAAUUUUGUUUUUAGUUCUCGAAUUGUAAUAGACUUAAAAUUUAAUUGUUUUGACAAUUUGCAGGAAGUCACAGAGCCAUUCAUAUACUUGAUACAUCAAAACCAAGCAGAUCUUUUUAGAAUAAGACAAAGAUUUUGUCAGUUCUUCAAGUUCUCUACAUAUUCAUGUAUAGCGGAACACACGAGAUUGGUUGUCAAUUCACAGAUAAUAGAAAAUGUAACAAGAACUUUUGUAUGUAGUUAUGUUGAUAUUUAUUAAUUUGUAAAUAAAGAUAUAUGCAAUUA